AUGAACUCCUCCUACUCAACACGCUCUGUUGGAGAGCCUGGCACUCAAGAUUACCGAGCCUUUAUUUCUUUCAAUGGACACACCAUCUCUGCCCUACAUGACAUCCCUCUUGCCAUCUCUUCGGCCUCAAGCGACCUAAUACUGAACAUGAUUGUCGAAUGUCCACGCUGGAGCUCGGCCAAGAUGGCCCUCGCAGCAGAGGAGCCGUUUGCGCCAAUCAAACAUACCAUGUCGCGCAAAGGCCGGCCAGCUUUCGUCCGUAGUGUGUUUCCCCACCACGGCUAUGUCUGGAACUACGGGUGCUUACCACAGACAUGGUCUGAGGAUGCGCCGUUGCACGCCUGCGAAAUUGGCGAGCGCAUAUCCCAAAUCGGCGACAUAGUACAAGUCCGCGUUCUUGGCGUUCUGGCUCCCCGCGACGAAAACAUCUUGCGCUGGACCUUACUUGUCAUCAACACCACCGACCCACUUGCAAAUCGUCUCCGCUCUCUCAAAGACGUCGAGCAACACCUCCCGGGAAUCGUAUCCUCAACAAAAGAGUGGUUCAGACUGUACAAGCUGCCAGAGGGCAAAGACCAGAACACGCUUGAUUUGGGCGGUGAGGCAAAAGGAGCCGAAUAUGCGCGGGAUAUAGUGCGGUCUUCUCAUGAUGCAUGGAAAAGGCUGGUUCUGGGAUCGUCGCAGACUGUUGAUUUAACAAAUGUCACUAUUCGCAACUCGUCCAGGCUGCUUCAGAUCAGAGAUGCAGAUGAAAACAAGGCGUUUGCUGUAACCCAACACGGAGCCGGGGAGGGUCCUCCUGCUCCCAAAUCUUCUGAAAAGUGGUGGUUUGUUGGAACUACUUAG